CAGCAUAGCGGAUUCAACGGAUCCGCUUUAAAAUACCCGUUUCAGACGCGCUUUUCUUUCUUUUAUUUAAGACCCGAUUCCUUCCCUCCUCACCACUCCCACCUCUCCAACAAAUCGCCGAUCUGCUCCAACCACUCGCCGGCCCUCCCUCUCACCAGCCAUGGGAGAGGAAGCCAAGCCGAUCCUCACCCGUAGCCUGAGCCGAGCUGCCCCCUCUUUCCGACUCCGCAGCUCGAGCCUCAACGCUCUCCGCCUCCGCCGCAUCUUCGACGUGUUCGACAGCAAUGGCGACGGCACCAUCACCAUCGCCGAACUUAGCCGCGCCCUUGAACGGCUCGGACUCCAAGCCGACCCCGCCGAGCUCGAAGCCACGGUGCAAUGCUACAUGAAGCCAGGCCACACCGGCCUUGAAUACGACGAUUUCGAGAAAUUGCACCAAUCGCUCGGCGAUUCCUUCUUCGGAGCUGCAGAUGAAGAGGAUUCCACCAGCAUCAGUAGCUGCGAUCAGGAGGAGAUGGAUCUGACAGAAGCUUUCAAGGUGUUUGAUGAAGACGGCGAUGGGUUCAUAUCGGCUAAUGAGCUUCAAACCGUGUUGGGGAAGCUCGGGCUACCGGAAGCCGAGGAGAUGGAUCGGGUGCAGCAGAUGAUUUUCUCGGUAGAUCGAAAUCACGAUGGUCAGGUAGACUUCCACGAGUUUAAGUACAUGAUGAGAAGCAUAUCCGUUCCGGGCUCUUAAGGUUUUUUUUUUUUAGAUUCUCUUAGGGCGCGUUUGGAUGAUCUAUUGAACUGAAUUGCAAUAAUUCUAUUUGAUAUUUAAGAAAUGACCAUGGCGGGGGUUGUUUUUACCUGGGGCACCCUCUCUUUUCAUGGGAAUGAAAUUGGGUAGUUUUAUUUGAGUUAUUUUGACGGGUGGAAUUAAAUUAUUGCAAUUCGAUUCAAUCGAGCAUCCAAACAAGAUAUAAAAUUUUCUGUCUUUGUAUUUCAUGUUCUAGCUUGUGGGUGUGUUUUUGGUUUUGUUUUUUUGUCAUCAAAUUAAUGUGAGUCGUGGAUUUUGAUUUUUUGUUUUUAUAUAUAUAUACAUAGAUGUUUGUGUGGAUUUUCAUGUUUCUCUCAUCUUUGAGAUAAUGAAAGAUAUAUAGUAAUUUCUAUUCUUCUUCUU